CUGAAGGGCGUGAAAAAGACAACCAGCAUGUUUCCUUUCGUGAAAACAGUCUUUCUAUUGUGGAUAUCUAAUAUUAUAGUAGCCAGUCCUCACGAUGCUGAUACCACAGUUUUCUUCGCCGAGCCUUUAGCAGGCAUUGCAGAAGACGACUUACUUUUUCGAUUCCAAUGUCAGCCUUCUGAAGCAUCCGUCUACCAAUAUCAAGCGUCUAGCGACCUCUGGGGACAAAUAGGAGAAAUAAAAGUUACAGCCAACUUGGUUGUCCGCUGUUUAGGCUACGACGACAAGAGUAAUUACGGUAAGAAAGGCUUGAAGUAUAUAAUUCAUGCGAGUGGAAUAGACGUUGAGAUUCAUCCUGAAGGUCAAAUGCGUGAUGGUCAACAAGAGCCACCUAUUGGCAACAAUACAGAAGGAAACCCACUUGUUCCCUAUGAACUACCAUUCCAGAUUAUUCAGCUGGCUGACGGAGCUAUACCCGAGAUCAGAUUUAUAGAACAGGACAUCGAUGAAAACUCGAGAAACUUCAAGCGCCAUCUAGCAAGUAUCAUUUCAACUAGAAUACAGCAGAUAGAUAGUGAUUUUGAGAGCUCGGUCUUGGGAGAUCACAAUAUUCAUUUUAGUCAAGAAACCUACCAACAAUCCGGAACCCAGCACAAUCUUGUCCACAAAACAUUUCGUGAUGAAGACAUAAUGAAACUAGGUGGUGCUAGAGUUGACUUCAAUGAUGUACAUGACAUUGAUCUUUUAUCGAAUGAAGUGCAGGAUUUUGUUAACGGUCGUCUUUACUCUGCAGGAGGUUUUAUCUCGGUGUCAAUGUUGAGUGAGAACGAUGAUUCAACGACCAGACAACGCAGAAACGUUGACAGUGAGAUGGAUGACUAUUUCUUAGUAAACGCCAAAUACACCCUAAAACUUAUUAAAAGAAUCUCCGUAAACCCGGAUGAAGAAGUUGCCAAAGGCCAAGAAAAACAAAACUUUCAGAGUGCGUCUCUUGUCGCUGAGGUUUCCAGAGAAAGUGCCAUUCAGGAGCAGUUGCAGAAGAUGGAGGGAGAACUUCUUUCUCCUAAAGAAACACUAAAAGAGCUUUUCACAUUGAAAGGAGAAAAGUUCAUCGCUCUAGGAGAAAAAAUUCAGCAAGUUCUUGAAAUGGAGGGACAACUUCCUCGUGCAAUGACGUCAAAAGAAUGGAUCAAAACCGUUCGACAAAUUUUACCUCGAAGGGUUCUACAAUCUUCCUGUCGCAAACAGAUGUCUCCCAAGUGUCUAAUGUAUAUUAAGAUGUUAGUCUUGGCUGGUGGCCCAGCUUCCGAAAAGGUAAUUUUUGACAAGCUGGUGAAAACAAAAACAGAUGAGGACAGCUAUCAACAAAUUGUAACUUUAUUGGGAUUUAUAAAAACACCCUCUGGUAAUUUUAUUAAGAAGCUCUUGGCACAUUACAAAGAAGUGGAGAAUAAUCAACCUGACUUAGCGCCCCCUCUGUUGGAGACUUUAGGAACUGUCGUCUCUAAGUCGGAUGAAACUCAUUUGGUGUCAGCUUUCUUAAAGGUUCUACUUUCUCAAUUAGAGAAGUUUGGGAAAGAAUGCCACAUCACUCAAGAUUUAGCUACCGUAUUUAGAUCCUUGGGAUACCUAGGUCAUUCUGCAAUGAUUAAUGACAUCUUGUCUUUUACUGAGAAAUGUGCUGGACAGCCAUUAAUCUCUUUUAUGACCGCUCAUGUCUUACGUCACGUUUUCCAUGAAAAUCAGGUUCAGCAGUGGCUUCUUCACACGUUUAAAAAUUCAAAAGAUGAAGAAAAGAAAAUUAUUCUGAGGGUAUAUAAUAAACAAAUGAAAACUUUACCAUUGAGUGAUAGUAGAGGCCUGUCUUCAUUGAAACAGAGUUUUAGCGAAUUCGACAGGUACUUGGCAGAUCAUCUAAUGGCGUCUAACAGCCUUACAGAAUACACCAAAGAAGUAUACGAAUGGAUGAGCCUGAAACAGUCUCCUAAAGCUAGUCAAGUCGUCCGUCUUGCUCAACGGAAGUUCAAGUUUCCAAAGAAGAAGGACUCUGGAAGAAGACAAAAGAGGUCAUGGACAUCUAAGAAUUGUGAAAGAUGGACUCCGGGUAAUCGUUAUGAGAUAAUCCAGAACGACUACGAGUUCAUGGAGGACUUGAUCAGGUACAGAAGAAAGGGACACUGUCUUGCCUACAAGCAGGUGGGACCAAGUAAAGUGAACGGACGAUUUUAUGCAGCGUUCUUUGGAGGAAUGAAAGACGAAGACAAAAGUUUACCUGACUACAAAAUGUUCGUAAAGCUAGCAGGGCAAGGUCGAUUUUUCAGCAAAGAAUUCGAAGUAGGAUCUUUAGCGUUCUCGUUGUACAACGGUAACAGUCAUUUCUCUCUCAAGAUCUUCGAACACACCCUGGCAGAUAUUCUGAGACAUGGUUGCCAGGACAACGACAAACUCUACUCGAACCACUUUCACAUUCCCUUACUAAACUUCUACAUCUUGAUCGUGAAACUCAGUGUAGGCAUCAACCUCGACCCAAGACAAGCCAUCAACAUCAACUGUCAAGACAAUUCUUACGUCAUCAAACCUCAAGCCUUUUUGAGGGUAGGGGGAGAAGCAAUGGGAAGAAUGUUGACGGUGAAGGCUGGAAUUAACGUUGGAAUGACUCUGAAUUAUUACCUGAAGUCUGAUAUUGAGCCUGUACCGUCUCUGUGUUACGAUUUUAAACACGGAUUUGAUCCAAUGGAAAUUGGGGUUGAGGCCUGGUACCAACGAUGGGGCUUUCACAGUUUUAUACCAAGCUGGAGCUCUGUGCGUGUGUGGCGCCCUCGCACUGUAACAUGGAAAAUAGGAAGAGGAGCAGAAUACACCUGGAGACCAAAAACGUGUAUUCUUUCACCUGAAGACGUGCCGAAGUACCACUCGAAUGAAACUUUAUCAACUGUUAACUAACCACAUAAAUAACAAGA